GUUGUAAUAACCAGGAAGAAGACCACACAGGUUUGGACUUUCAAGUUUCAUGGCUCUGAUUCUCAUUGGGAUUCUGCCUGAUUUUCAGCUGAACAAGCAGGAAUCAUCACAAUGUCAACACCUCCGAAUGCCACUAAUCGAAGAACGGAUAUUCUCCAGUUGGAACGUGAUGUUCCAGAAGAUCUGGAGCCUUCAAGCACAGCGCUGAACAUGGAUCCCAACGACAACUGGGGUACAGAACCAAACUUCAACCUCAACUUCAAUCUGACCUCUACGACUAACCCCCGUCCCACCAAAGAGCCCUCAAAGAUGCAUUCUGGGAGUAAAAAGGAAGAUAAAAAUAAAGGAGGAGCAGCAGCUGCAGGUUUUAACACCAUUUCAGUACCAAGUGAAAAACUUAGGAGCAAAAUCCCAACAGCAACAUCUCAGAUGACUGUCAAAAACAAAGUUGGCCAACAGCCGAAAUCUCCAAACAUGAAGCAUUCAUCUUCACCCAAAGUACAAAGUCAUGGAAACUUAAGACUGAGUCCCAAACCAACCAGUGCUGAGCUGAGGAGCAGCCAGAGAUCUACUGAAAAAGUCAGAACUGAAACACCUAAAGCAGAAUCUGUAAAGCCAGUGACUGCGUUGACGUCUGAGCCGAUAACUAACUCUGCAAACAACAUAACAGCAACCCAAAAGACGCAACCAAACAGCAAAGAUGUAAAGGACAUUCACCUUGAGACGCCACCAAAAACUCUGCAGCUGCCUAAAAGCCCAAAGGUCCGAAAUCAAAAGGGAGAUCAGAGCAGCAUAAGCCCAAAAUUAACAAAUCGAACUCCAACAAUGAUGGCUGAAAUAAAAAAAUCAGAUCCAGUAAACUCGACAACUGACCAAAAACCUGAAGACGACUCUGGAGCUCAAAGUGUUUUCACAACCUCAGGAACCCCACAGAAAGAGAAAACAGAGUCACCACUUCUCAGGACCAAACCCUCCCGAGUAAUCUCUCUGAGUCCAAAACCAUCCACACAAAGAAAAACCACCGGAACCAGAACCAUUAACGUGUCACGCUCUGAGGGGAAUCUUCACAGUAAAGACUUAAAGGUCAAAACCAGUUCUGCCCCCAAACCUACAAAACAAUCCAAAGACAGUCUGGAUUCAAAACUCAGCUCCAGAGACGGGUCCAGAGACGCACUGGAUUCUAGAAGCAGCAGCGCCUCGAAAAGCAGUUUGGACUCUCGGGACAGUUUGGAUUCUAAGAAGCUCCAGAGUUCAAAGGUUAUCCAACAUCCACAUGACCCGAAAACCUCAGCAAAAACCAGGAUGAAGAAAAGCCACCAAGGUUCGGAGAAAGUUGCUGAUUCCAAAACGGUCCCAAAGAACAAUCACGAUUCUAAACUUCUUCAAAACUCCAAAGCAAGUUUUGAACCCAAAAUCAAAACCAACUCCGGUUCUGAUUCUAAACCAGGCAUUACCCAGUCAAGAUCUCCAGCUGCCCUGCAGGCCUCUGCCUUCAAUAUGGAUCUUCUUGGAUGUGGUUCCCUUUCUCCCAUCUCCAGCGGAACCAUCAAGACGUCAGCUUCUGCUGUUGGGCUCAGUUUAAAUCAUAAGACAACUCAGAGUCCAGGAUCCAGUUCUGGAAAAGGUUUUACUUCUACUCCAACUGGAUCAAACAAGGAGAUCCAGAAGAGUCCAAGUUCCACUCCAGGUAUCCUGGCCCCUUUGGCAUCUUCCAGUCCUAAAACCAGGCCUGUGGUGACCUUGAAAAUCCUGGAAGGAUCCUCAGUUCCUGCAGUUAUGAAAAAAGAUCCUAACAGUUCAUCCCAACAUACUAGUCUGACUCGAGGUCUCACCUUUGACUCAAUCACAAAACCAGGUAGUAAUACUGACAAUAAGCAUUUAAAAGCCGCUGAGAGUGAGGUUAAUACUCAAAGAAAGGUGGAGGUUUCCCAAGAGGCGAAGAAUGACAGGGAUGGAUGUCCAUCAGGAGAUUCGGAGGGGAAAUCGGUUCUCCCACUGAGUAAAGCUGGUCACCCAGGAGACACGAAUAUCAUCUCAUCACCUCGGGCAACCAGAGCAAGAGAACCAAAGCAAAAAAUACAAAUUCAUGGGAAAAAGAAUGAAGGGAAUCCUUCAUCUCUCCUUCGUCCUAUUUCUUCUUCUUCCACUCAUACACCAACCAAGAAGAAAGUCAAAGAGACUUCCCCUAAACCUGAGCUUUCUCAAAGACUCCAUAAACGUGUGCAGAAAGAGGUGGGCGUUCAGGUGGAGGUGGAAGUGGUCGAGCGUUCUGCUUCCACAAGCCCCAGCCUCCACCGCGGACCUCCCACCUCCUCCAUGAUUGGUUCCUCCAGCUGCCAAUCAUCGCUGAGCGGCGUGCCACCCCUCAAACAUGUCUGCCAGAUUGAGAUUGAGCUGUGCAGCCAAACGCUGCUUCCCUGCAUUGUUCCCGACAAGGCCAGUUCCCUCCCUGCAUGUUUGCGCUUCCAGCAGAACCACGCUCUUAUGUCAGAGUUUGGACCACACCACAAUCCAGAUGUUAGCGCCGAGAGCAUCUCGGAAGAUGAAACUAAAGAAGAGGAACAAUGGCAGCCCAACAAAAAACAAGACGAUGGGGUCAAAGGGCAGACGGAAAAACCCCCAGAGGUGGUGUGGGACAAACAGGGGAUGACGUGGGAGGUUUACGGUGCCUCUCUAGACCUGGAGUUUCUGGGAACGGCCAUCCAGUCCCACCUGGAGAUGAAGAUUCGAGAGCAGGAGAGGCACAUCCGGAUACUUCGGAAGUCCAUCUGCUCCAACAGCAGCUUUGCACGGUACAAGAGGAAGAAGAGACGGAGAAGGUUUCUGGGUUGCUGCGUCAAGGCGUCGGCCGUGGCUGACUGAGAUCA